GUGCAUAUUCUACAAACCGCCUACAUUUAGUGAAUCGUGAACCGCGAAACGUGUGGCAAAUUAUCCAAGGUUCAAUAAUAAUAUAUAAUAUCCGGUUAGCGUUUCUAUACUGAUAACGUGUGAAACGAAAAUACACGGUUGACCUUACGUCGGAAUUAUUUUUAUCUUAAUCUUAUUUGAAGAGUGCUUCCUGCGGUGCAUGAAAUCAUUCCGAUAUUAUAAAAUCUAUCGACUGUUGCGAAUUUACGCAAAGCAAAGAAUUGUUAAAGUUAGUUCAGUUUCGUUAUAAUUUUUUACCUAGAAAUAUAAAAAAUUACGAGAAUCGGCAACGAAGGAAACAACUAUGUCACAUUCGGUAACCAUCAGGACUCAUCAAACGGUGACGAGUAGUUCCACCGCGAUAAUAAUUAACUCCGGUUAUCUAAAAACAUGGAGCGGCAUACUUAAAUUGGUGCAAGUGGCAUUAGGUGCAGUGUGCGUGGGGAUAGCCGCCGAUCACAUUACGAAUCACUCAAGGUACAACUUCUUCACCACAGAAAUGUUUUUUCUAUUAAUAACAACGACGUUUAUGAUCGGUACUUUCCUCUUGCUCAUGAGUUGUUUAAUUUCUCUUUCGACGUCCUCAAUUAUGGCGAAAACCAUGCACGAAGUUCUCUAUCACUCUAUAGCUUUUGGAUUGUAUUUAUCUGCAGCAUUAACGUACAUGAUACGUUUGUCUGAUUACAAAGGUUACAGUGAAUAUGGAUUAUUAUUGGGCGCAGCAAUUUGCGGUUUGGUAAAUGCGGCAUUAUAUCUGUUUAGUACAAUAAUUGCUGUUCGCACGUAUAAAGGAUUUUAAAAACA